AUGAGUACAGACGGAUCAGGACGCACACUAGUUUACGUCGAUGGCUCCUGCUCCUUUAACGGCUCAACCGAUGCCAAAGCAGGAAUCGGAGUGUGGUUCGCGGACAACAGCCCCCUCAACACCCACAAAACUCUUCAAGGUACACGGGCCACCAACAUCACCGCCGAAACAGCGGCCGCCAUCGAAGCAUGCCAAAUAUGCAUUCGCCAUGACAUUUCGAGAAUACGAAUAAUCACCGAUUCCAAAUACCUCAUCAGCUGCAUGACUGAGCACAUAAAGAAAUGGNUGCAAUUCGGCUAUGUCGAGAAGGAGCCCAAGAUCGGAAAAUUGGAUCAGGCCUACACCGGACCCUACGAGAUUGUUGACAUAAUCGAAAAAGGAAACGUAUACUUAGAAAGCGAAGACGGACACCACUUCAUGAAACACCCAAACAAACUGAAACCCUGCGCAGAAUGA